AUGUCGGUUCGAUCCUCUGCCACAUGGGCCCCAUCAGACAGGACGGGACUGUCUACCUCUACCCUCCUGGUACCGACAAAUCAGGACCGCCAGGUAUCCCCGAGCAGCUUUCGCGGCAGGCUGCAGAGUCUCAGACGAUCAACAUCGCCAGCUCGUCCCAAGGCGUCCCAGUCUCCUGAGGGUGUGAAAGGAGCGCUAGGGCUAACGCUUCUGCAUGAACCUUCAGAACCACGUGUGGAUUUCAUCUUUCAAAGCACCCUGACCAUGCAUGAUUACGGCCAGGCUUUGCUGGCGGAUCUGUAUAACUCGCCGAACCUAAAGAAAAACGGGAAUGCUUACCUCCUUGCCAGAAGAGACCCGAUUUACGCGGAUAUUGCGAGCAGAAUCCACAGCUUGUACUUUCUUGGAACUCCGCAUCGGGGUGCCGACUCGAGCGCUUUUGUGACCACCUUGAUCUCCAUGUCCAUAGGCUCUGGGUCAAAAGCUUUUGUCAAGGAACUGAUACCGGGAUCGGGUACUCUUCAGGCGAACCACCGCCGCCUCGUUAAAUUUGAUUCUGUCGACGACCCAAACUACAACAUUCUACUCCGCUGCUUCAACACAACUAUCGAGGAGAUAGAGAGGAGCUAUAAAUUCGAAAGCCAUCGCACCCAAAUGAAGCAAAUUGCGCAAGCCUUCGAUGUAGCAGAGCGUCCAGACGGCGAUUUCAUUAGAAUGCUUGACAAGCUACACAUGGGCUCCUGCGAGUGGUUGACCUCCCAUGAAGCCUUCCACGACUGGCUCGAGUGCGACCUCAUGGACAACAACGCUCCAAUCAAGGCCAUCACUUCGGGUCCGGCAAAGGCGACGCCCCGGUUCUUGUGGCUCAACGGUCCACCUGGUUCCGGGAAGUCGGUCGCUUCGGGGCACGUAAUCAAGUAUCUCGAGUCCUUCAACCUUGAUUGCGCCUACUUUUUCUUCAAGAACAACGAGAAACCCAGCCUCACGCAGUUCCUUCUGUCCAUGGCGCUGCAGAUGGCAGAGUCUAACUUUCAGGUCCGACACACCUUCUUAGCCAUGAUGGAGGAGGGCGAGACCAUCGACAGCCACAGCGACCAUAUCAUGGUUUGGAACAACAUCUUCUUGGGCCGUAUCUUCAAAAUGGCCCUCUCGCAGCCCCAGUACUGGGUCAUCGACGCAUUGGACGAGUGCCAGGCGCGGCUCUUAACAACGCUUAUGUCAAUGUUCUCCAGGAUCGAACCAAAUGUGCCUCUGAGAAUAUUCAUUACUAGCCGUCCUAACGGCCAUGUCGAGCGUUUGCUCAACCAGGAGAAGAUCGCGAGAGUAGAAAUGCACACUGGUCAGGCGGAGUCGCUCCGGGAUAUUGACGGCUUUGUCAGGUCGAGGCUUUCGCCUACUAUCAUCGCAGACUUCAACGAGGAGGAAGGCGACCUAGUGGCGGAAAUCAUCGAGAAGUCAAACGGCAUCUUUCUCUGGGCUUCACUGAUUAUGACGCGCCUGGACGAAGCUCAUAGUAUCGAGGCCAUGCGCAAGACUCUUGACCAAGUCCCCUCCGAAAUGAGUGGCAUGUACAGCGGGAUUCUGCAAACCAUCAUCGAAUCGCCCAACGCCGACCUCGCCCACUGCGUUCUCAAAUGGGUCGUCUGUGCACGGAAACCCCUGACGACGGAAGAGUUGAGGGAGGUGGUGCGUUUGGAUAUCAACCAGACCUUGCGUACUGCCGACAGAUUCUCCCAAAUCUGCGGCAAUCUCAUCACGGUUGACAACAACUACGUGCAGGUCAUGCACCAAACCGUCAAGGAGUUUCUUACUGGCGAGCAGUCCGAUUAUUACAUCCCGCGUUCAUGGUCCCACGCGCGCAUCGCGGAGCUCUGCCUACAACAUCUCAAUGGGCGCAACUUCAACCCGCCUCGCACCCGCCGCGCUCCAGCUGUAUCUUCCAAGACUGACCCCAACAGCAGUGCCGCCGUGUUUGAUGACUACGCCGCCAGUAACUUCUCCUACCACCUAGCCCAUUGUUCUCCCUCCGAAUCAACCCUCCAGCUCCUCCCGCUGCUCGGCACCUUUGUCUCGUCCAACGUCCUCACCUGGAUCGAGCGCACAGCCAAAACAGGCCGCCUUUCCCUGCUAACCCGCACCGUCCAGAACCUCAAAUCUUACCUCUCCCGCCAGGUCGCGACCUCUUCCCCCCUAGACUCCGACUACCAGCUCACAUCGCGCUUCGUCGACGAUCUCGUCCGGCUGUCGGCCAUCUACGGCCCGAACCUCGUCAACACACCCUCCUCCAUCUACUCCCUCAUCCCGCUCCUCUGCCCAAAGUCGAGCAUCAUCCACUGGAAGUUCGCGCGGCAGUUCAAACAGAAGGUGCUCUGCUCCUUCAACAACGACUGGGACGAGCGCCUGUCGUCCUUCACCUUCUCGUCGCGCGUCAUGUCCAUCGCCUGCGCCGACCAGUUCUUCGGCCUCGGCCUCGCCGACGGCGCCAUCAAGAUCUACCGCCAGAGCACCUUUGAGCUGCUGAACACCAUCCACCACGGCGAGCCGGUGCGGCGCCUCGCCAACGGCAACAUCACGGGCGUGCUGGUCUCGGGCGGGUUGAAGACGAUCAAGGUCUGGGGUCCCAGGCAGGCGCUGCUGUGGUCGACGGUCGUGCCGGAGCAGCCGCUUUCGUUUCGGUUCAGUUCCGAUGAUUCCAAACUAUAUGUGCCGUUGAGGAAUGGGGAGGUGUAUGUGUACCGGGCGAAGAAUGGGGCACGGCUGGACGCGCUGGUGAUUGUGGAGGAGGAGGUGUCCGACUCGGACUCGGAUGCGGGGAUGGAGCGUCAGCAGCAGCAGAAGAGGACGGUGCCGGUGCUGGUUAGGAUUAGUCCCAUGUUGGGGAUCGCGGCUAUUGCGUAUCGCAGCUCGCAUCUGAAGCUGUCGUAUUACGAGAGUGAUGAGAGGGUUGAGACGUUUGAGAAGGAGGGGUAUGAGGAUGGGGGCUUGCCGCCGCAGGUGCUGGAUGUUGCGUUCAAUGAGAAUGCAGAGCAGAAUCUGAUGGCUGUGGCGUACCAGGACGGAGAUCUGGUGACGCUCGAUCCGUGGACGCUGGAGCAGAAGCAUGCGUAUCAUCUGAACGCGCAUACGCUGGCGGCGUCGCCAGAUGGACAUACACUCGCUGCGGGAGACAGCAAUACCUGCAACGUCUGGGAGCCGUCGGUGCUCAUCAAGAAGAACUUGGCGGACGAUAGCUCAAGCGAGGAGGCCGACGACUACCUGAUGCCCGCAUCGAACCUGGUUUGUACGCGGAGCUUCGAGGGGAGCAAGGCUAUCACAAUCAUGACGCAGGCGGGUGAUUCGAACUUUAUAUUUUGCGGACGCGAGGAGGGCUCUAUCACGGUGCACGACACCAACACCGGCAAGGUGUUGACCGAGUUCCAGUUCCACGCCCGUAUGGUGGACAUUCGCCAUCUCGAGUGGAAUGCGAAGAGUAAAGUUCUCUUCAGUGUAGAUGCUUCGCGGCGGUGUAUCGCCACACGCAGCUCCAGCUCCAGCUCCAGAAGUUCGAACACAUUCUCGACUUCCGCGCUUCAGACGCAGUCCUACAGGCACUCGUCAGCCCCGACGCCUCCGCCUUCCUCAUCUCAACCACAUCCGGCGAAGAAGUCCACUUCCCGGGCGAGCCAAACCGCACCCUACAUUCAACCCACUCGCUCAGAACAGCACGCUGGCUCCCGCACCCAACCGACUCCUCCCGCCUCCUCCUCUUCCAGCACGACAGCGAAACCCUACACGUCUUCCACUGGGAAGACCUCACCCGCGAAACACCCGACCACGGCAUCCCCAUCGACCUACCCCCCGAACUCGCCUCCACGCCCCUCACCCUCACCGACGAAUGGCACUCCCCGCCCGGGCCUGUCCACCCUCAUCCAAACCACCACCCUCCCCGCCUCCCCCCUCACCGCCUUCCUCACCCUCGACCUAUCCACCCUCGACCCGGCCACCACCACCCGCCUGCAAAUCACCUGCACCGCGCGCCAGCUCGCCGCCAACAUCAAAUCGGUGCUGGGCAUCCACCGCUCCAACCUGUUCUUCAUGAGCGGCCGCGGGUGGGUGUGCUCGGUCAGCUUGAAGAACCUGCCCGCGAGCAAGGCGUACGCGAGGCACUUUUUUAUUCCGUCUGUCUGGCAGACGGGGGGCGAGCCCAUUGCGAGGGUGGUCAGCAAGACGACGGUGGCGAUGGCGUAUCGCGAUGAGGUGGUGGUGUUGCAGGGGUUUUUGGAGUUUGAGCAUAAGACUGGUGCAAAGUCCUGGCACAUGACAUACCUGUCAAUUGAAGACAGCAACAACACCAAGACUUCGUCAUUCGCGAUCGCGAGAAAAAAACUCCUGUUCAAAUAG